AUGGCUCAGGCUAUGCAGAACCAACCUAAUGCUGACGAGAAUGCUGGAUCUCGUAGUUUGGCAACUUUCCAGAGGGAGAAUCCGCCAGUGUUCAAGGAAAUCAAGAAAGCGGUUAGUUACCAGAAGAUCCGUAUUUUUGUUGAUUUGGUGGAUAGUUGUCGGAUUUAUGAGGAGGACAACAAUGCUCAUUAUCGUGUUAUUAAUGAGAAGAGGGGCAAGAAUCAACAAAGCCGCGAGAAACCGUAUGAUGCUGGUAAAGGGAAGCAAAGAAUUACUCAUGGUCAUAAGACUAGUGGGGGAGAUGCUCCUGCUAGGAUUAUAUGCUUCAAAUGUGGUCGACCUGGUCAUAAGAGCAAUGCUUGUACUGUUGAUGUGAAGAGGUGUUAUCGUUGUGGUAAGACGGGACACAUGUCAUCUGAUUGUAAGCAUAAGGAUGUUGUUUGCUUUAACUGUGGUGCGGAGGGGCAUUUUGAUAGCCAGUGUCAGAAGCCAAAGAAGACAGCUGUAGGUGGUAAAGUGUUCGCUUUGUCAGGCACUCAGACAUCUAGUGAGGACGGUCUUGUUAGAGAAAUGGUUGUCGAACUCCCCGCUAAGGGAACGGUGACUACUUCUCUAAUGUGUUUGGAUUGUCCUCUGUCAAUCUUUGAUAGGGACUUUGUUGUUGACUUUGUGUGUUUACCGCUUGUUGGUUUGGAUGUGGUUUUGGGUAUGAAUUGGUUGAAACGCAACUACGUUCAUAUCAAUUGUUUUAACAACAAAGUGAGAUUUUCUUCUCUUAAAGAAGAAGGAGUUGGUUUGUUGACUGGUAAGCAAUUGAAGCAACUGAUGCAAGACGAAGCGCAAAUGUUCUCAUUGAUGGCGUCCUUGUCUUUCGAGAAUCAAGUUCGAAUUGAUGAUUUAAAGGUGGUGAGAGAAUUUUAUGAAGUGUUUCCUAAUGACAUUCCUGAUGUACCUCCAGAAAGAGAAGUUGAGUUUACGAUUGAUCUUGUACCUGUUAGUUUCCUUGGUCAUGUUAUUUCUGGCAAUCAGAUGUUCAAGGUGCAAGCAAUCGGGACACAACAAAACAACAUGUAA